AUCUCAACACAACGUUUUCGCCAUUCAGUUACUUAUGACGGUUGUUUGAUAAUGUUUAUGCAGAGCUUUGGAAUUCAACAUGUACAAACAAGUUCAGUCGCUGGUGGAGGUGGCUGUACGUUGGAGGUAAGUACGCCAUGGUGACGUCAUGUGUCCAGCCCAAGAACUCUCCAUUUAAACCCUUGAUACCCAGUAGCACCCAAUGCUCCGCAUCAUCAGCACUCCCAUUUCCUCUUUUUCACCCGAGCUCAAGCUAAUUUUUGGUAGGCUUGUACAGUAAGGUCUUGGUGUCAUACGCUCGUAUUAAUCUCGAGGAUUGCAGGAUAAAUACCUCUCGCAUCUCUCCUUAAGCGUGUUUAUCCCUGCGAACCGUAGGAUCGCAAUGUCCACCAGAAAACGAUCUAAACGAGACCGCACAUCUUCCAAAUCAUCGCACGAAUCGCCCACCUCUUUGGCUAAAGAGAAACAUCUGCCAAGUUCCUCGGGCCCUGACCAUGUCGCUCAGUCAGACUUGCCUCCUUCACGAUCUAAACCGAUGUUGAGGUCUGUUUCCCCACCGGGAUAUGGGGGAUCACUACGUUACUUCAUAUACACCUUGGUGACGACCGCCCUUCUCUUCACGGGGUGGUAUACAUACAUCACGGCUGUGGGGCUCAAGCACUGGAAAGAGGAAGUUGGGUGGUGGGGGAUGUCUGUCGGGCGAUUUGGAAGGCAGGAUAGUUUGUACUGGAACCAGCGGAGAGGUCACGAAGUGAAAGCGGAACUCGAAGAGCAUUUCAGUCAGCUUGCAUCCUCACUCGGAAUUUCGGCAACGGACUUAGCUUCGGCUGUCAAACCAUUUGUGCCAUCUGCAACACUGUCUAGUAUUGCACCUCAGGCUAAGGGUGAGGCGGUGAAGGUCCUUUUUGAGGAGUCGCAUCAAAACGAGUACCGGGGGGAUAGCAGUGGAAACACUGUGGGCAGCUGAAGGAUUUGGGAAAGUGAUUGGGUUCGACAAUUUUCUAGAAGACAGAUUGAAGAAUCCAUUUCACCAUAUCUUCACAUGUACAUCCAAGGACGAUUUUGUAAUUUCAGAGAUAGAUACUAGUACAUAUCGUGUUGUUCAGACUCGUGUAUCUUCUCCUAGUAUUAUUAUGGGUUUUGGGCACCAUCAUUGCAUAAGAGAGACUUCGACACUGUUGAUUGAACUUAGCGAAACCAGUAAU